UGUUAUACGUAUUUCCUUGCUCAGUCUAUGCUGACGGACUACAGAAUUAUGCACAAAACCACACACAUUUCGAGUCAAACAUGCGCAGCUGACUUAGUCGAUUGCGCAUAAUGUGUCAAACUGCUGAAGACGUCGAGAAAUUGAAAUCAUAAUAACAGCCUCUAGUAAAAAAGGAACUCGCUCGCGCUGAUUUUUUUACAGUUGUAUCUGAAGGUGACUGAAAUUCAACCAUGGCUUAUAAUUUUGAUGAAGAAAAUUUUACCACGGUCCCUGCAAGCGAAACACUGAAUUUUGAGGAUGGAAAUAUCACUAUAGAUGUUACCACUAGCGAAACGUUGGAAGAACUUCACCCAUACGGUGUGCUGGUUUUUGUAGCUUGCGUAUGGAUCAUCGUAGCUGUGCUGGGCAUAAUAGGCAACAGUAUGGUUAUUCUUGCUGCUGUUCUAAGCAAGCAUGUCCGAUCCACUACCAACGUUCUGGUGGUCAAUCUCAGCGUGGCUGAUCUAUGGACCUGUUUGUCCCUACCAUGGAGUAGCGUGGCAAUGCUGGUUAAUGGCCCUUGGCCCCUGGCCUCUGAGUUCCCCUGUCAAGUAGCGGCGUUCAUGUGGCACACCGGUCUUGGUGCUAGCCUGUACAGUUUGGCCUUAAUAGCAGUGAACCGUCUGGUGCGGAUAACCCGUCCCUUGGCUACCUAUAACAUGAUCUUCUCUCCCCGCAAGAUGGUCUUUAUCGUGGCCAUAUCCUGGCUUAUUCCCAUCUUCGUCAUUGUCUUUCCGCUCACAAUCGGUGUGGGUGCUUUGGGUCAUGAUCUCUUGCACGACACGUGUACAGACGAUGAAUUGCAUCCCCGUGCUGGUGAUUACAACCUUGCUCAGACCAUCGGAUUCUACCCUAUCCCGAUGACAACUGUCGUCAUCAGCUAUGCGGUCAUCUAUGUCCAUGUCAGACAGCAUUUCGGAAAGCGACUCUCUACUGAGAAGAACCAUGACAGAGUGACCUUCGGCGUAGACACCACUGAGCCCAGCGGGACAAGCAUUACAUCUUCUGCAGACGUUAUCGAGGAACACGAAGAAGGGAAUGAAAAAACACGCCACUUUUGCCAAAUCAGUCGCCAGCAGCUUCAGAUCACCAAGAAUCUGUUCUUCGUCUUCUGUGCAUUCACUCUUUGUAUCUCGCCAUACUUCAUCUCACUUUUCAUUCCAACCAGUGAGAAGUUUGCCCUAUUCGGAGCCACCAUCUUAAUCUUCAACAGUGUCGUCAACCCGAUCAUCUACGCAGCCAAACACCCUCAGUUCAAGAAGGUACUGCGACCGAUGUUACGAUGCAAGUUGGAUAAAAUACCAGAGCCAUCUAAGACGCUGCGAGCGAUUCAAUCUGUGCGUCAUAGGGAGGACAAAAUGUGAAUUGAUGCGAUUUUGUGAUGGCACUUAAAAUCGGAAUGACAAUAAGCGCCGUGUACUUGUGCAGGGCUAUGAACUGUUCAUAAAUUACUUCAGACACAUUAUUAGAUUUCUAGUUGUAAACCAGUAGUUUAUUGUAUCUUACUUCUGUAUAUAUACAAUGAUUUGAUUGAAUAUUGAAAUAUUAAUGUAGUUCUUUACUUCUAGCACAAUUUUCUAUCAAAGCAUAUAUUAUAACCGAAACAGCGGUAACUCCAUCCUAGUGGUGUUUGAGAGUCAUAAAAUUUGCAUUGCUUAAGGUAGCUCUGAAAUGCUCCAUGGAUUCUCCAUAGUUUAGUUUUGUUAACAAGAUCUUUAAGAUUUUUGGGGGGCUGAGUGUUUGUCAUACAUUCGGUAGCCGAAGUAACUUGUCUUUGUGUUUUUUCGAUAAUACACAUUUUACCUAGUGUGGGAGAAACUGCGUUUUAACAGCUAUUGCAAUAUUUAGUUUUAGUUUCAUAAGUAUGAAGAGAGCAAUUUCAUUCAUUUACUGAGUAGCGUGGAGUUUCAUUACUUGUCAUCAUCUGCUACAGGCAGGAUUCGUAUUAUUAUUUUCAUUCCUUUCUCAUGCCUGACGUUUAAAUUUCGUAUGGAAAAAACACGUUACAGCAUGGGCAAAAAUCUAUUUAAGUCUUUGAAACUAAGUGACACUGAGGUGAUACCCAUUUGCGCACAGACUGGUCUUAAACACUGACGGAAAUGUAUACCGAUUGUAAACAGAAAAAUUUAAGGCUUUACAUAUCCCCCUUUCAUUUUGGCCAACAACAUAAGGAUUCAUCCAUUCAAAUAAUUACAUGUAUGUACACCAAUUCAAAAUCAUUCGCGUUCUUGUAUUCGUUUUUCUAUUUCUCUUCUUUUACAAUAAAAUAAUUUCAAAUGUUUCUCAUUAUGAAUGCUAACUGUUUGAAAUCGUGUCGAUUCUAGAUUUUAUUUUUCCUCUGUCAUUAUAACAAGACUUAAUCCUCAUUAAGUUAGUAACAAAACUCAUUUCGAUUGAAAUUUCGGUUUCCUCUUUGUUGACAUAGCUCUUUAAAAUGAGACUAUUAAUUUUAAGCCUUAACUGCAUAUGUCACAGUGCAACAAAUAAUUAUUACAUACAAUGCAGAUAAUAUAGAGGAUUGUUUAGUAAAGGACUCGAAAGGAGAAAAUCGGUUUUAGAUGAUUAACUGUUUGGUUCUAGUUUUGAGAGCAAGCCAUACCACCUGCCAACGGCACCAGCUGCUUCCUGCUUUCAAAAAAUGAUAGCAUUCUGACCUAGUCUAUUGUUCUAGCGGAUCGAAAUUCAUAUGGGAACUCCGCUUUGAGAGAUGGAAGAAUGGUUAACAUUGAUCGUUAGUUUCCUUGUCAAACGCGCCAGUACUAAAGGAUAUUAAUUAUAUCUACCAAAAGCUCCGGGGAGGGGGAGAUCAAAUUAAUAUGGAUCCCUGUCCGUUAUCCAAAUUGCAAAUGUGAUGGUUGUCUGUUACGGGACUCAGUUCCCCGUUUUGUCCGAACUGACCCAGAGUGCAGUGCAUGGGUGCCAAGAUCAGGUAAAAGGCACAUCAUUCUGAGUCAAGCAGUGACUUCCGUGCUUCUAUUUAUAUUGGCAAUGAACUUCCCGCAAGCGGUCUGUAGACAGCACAUACAAAUUGCCGACGAACAUUGAAAUAUUGACCUAU